AUGUUCCUGUUUGCAGCUCUCACCGCAAGCCGCGUACUUCAUGAUCCCAUAGAAGACUUGCUAAACCCAAAGGGUUAUCCUAUGGGCUGGAAAGAUUGGCAUUAUCGUCCAAGAAAGUCGAACACAAUGAUUGAUACCAGACCAUAUAUUAGAUUUGGCAAAAGAGUUUGGGAUCGUAUUAGAAAUGAAGACGAAACAAACGGAAUCAGCCGCCAGGAUAUUAUUAACGCUAUCAAGAUUGCACAAUACCUCUUAACACACCAAGAACAAGAAUCCAAUGGAAUCCCAAUCACACCAAGUCAACAAGCUGAGUGGAUUGCAAGAAAGAUUGUCGAAUAUGCCAGAAGAAGAGCCCAGAAGAAUGAAGCCAACGGAAUCCCAAUCACACCAAAACAACAAGCUGACUGGUUAUUACAAAAGCUCAUUGAAUAUGCCAGAAGAAGAGCUCAGAAGAAUGAGGCCAACGGAAUCCCAAUCACACCAAGACAACAAGCUGAGUGGGUUGCAAGAAAGCUUGUUGAAAUUGGCAGGAGGAGAAGAGGUCUCUAA